AUGACGUACCUGAUGCAGCCAACCGUCGGAUCUCCAGCAAACAAGAUCCUACGCAUCAAGAAUGAAGGAACACCAUGGAUACUCACAGAGUUGUCACACAGGAUCAUGCCCAGGUUGCUUAAAAAAUUCGAGUAUGUAGACAUAAAGCAUGUCCCUAAAAUUAAAAAUCAGAAGGCUAAUGAUUUAGCACAAAUAGCUUUAGGAUAUAAGAUCUCAAAGGAGAAGCUAGAGGAAUUGGUUGAAGUAAGAGGAAAAGCAAUGGCAACCAAAUUAUCUCCAAGUGACUUGGAAAGAAAUCGUUUAGGUUACACUAGCGAAAAGGAAUUCAAAUUGUUGGCUAUUGAUACUCUAACAAACACAGAUUGGAGAACUCCAAUUAUAGAGUAUCUUAAAGAUCCUUCGUUGAACACAGACAGAAAGACCAAGUAUAGAGCUUUGUCGUACGUUUUGAUGGGUAACGAAUUAUUCAAGAAAAAUCCUGAAGGCAUCUUAUUAAAAUGUUUGGGUGAGAAUGAAGCGUACUUGGCAUUAUCUAGCGUUCAUAGUGGAGCAUGA